GCGGGGGCGCUGGGCCUCAAGUGUGUGUUUGUGUUAGUGUGUGUGCUGCCCAGGAAGAAAAAGCAGGCUAGCCGCAUCCAUACCAGUACACGAAUUAUUGCUUGGAAACUUGGGCGCUCUGAAACUUGAGACUGUGCCAUUCGGAAGCUGCGUCAGAUGGCGUCAGUAAAGUGGGCCUGCGACGCCUGCGACCGGAACCGAUGGCCCGGGCCCGGUGUUCUUGUGAUGCUUUCAUUUAGACGAGUGCACCAGAACUUUAGCCGUGGCUGUCAUCAAUGUUAUAGUGCGACAGUGCUUGGUUUUUAACUGGACUAAAACUGAGCUAUGACAAUGAAUUAUUCUGUCAUCAUACGUCUGCUUCACUUCUACGUUUGGAGGUUAUGGCACCCACUACGUCGUUGCAGAUGUUCAAGAAAGAAGGUAUUUCUCGACACAAGCCAAGGAACUGGACGCGCAGCCUCACAACCAGAUGCAGCGCAGCAGCGCCGCCUCAAUAGGCGCUACAGUCUUAAAAAUCGGGACCUGUUAUCGGCAAGAAACGGGUGCCGCGCCGGGUACGAAACAGUUCCACACGGGCCCAGGAACUGCGGCGGCGUACUGGAUGACACAAUGAGGGGGUCUGUGAUUCUUCUGCUGGCAGCCGGCCUGCUGGCGAUACUCCCCCGGCCCGGAGGGGGUACUUCAACAACGGAACCGCCCAGAUGGACGUCCACCUCGCUGCCGCAGGUGGCCGCGCGCAUGAACGCGGCCGCCUACAAGGUGGAGUCGGAGCCGACGGGCAGCGUGCAGUACUCGUACGUGUCGGACAGCACCACGGCCAGGGGAUCGUCCACCAAAGCCGCGGACAGCGUCGGAGCCGCGAGCUCCAUCAAGAGGCUGGCCUCGGACGAUGACGACGACGCCGCCGGGGACGCCGAGUACAAGGAGUACCAGGGCGUCAUGGGUCGACCCGGUGUGGACUUCCCUGUGCUCCCCGCCAUCCCCCAGACGAGCUUCAGCUGCCGCAAGGUCAAGGGCGCCGGAUACUACGCCGACCUGGAGACGGACUGCCAGGUGUUCCACAUCUGCGACGGCGGGCGCAAGAUCUCGUUCCUGUGUCCGAACGGCACCGUGUUCCGCCAGUCGCACCUCAUCUGCGACUGGUGGUUCAAGGUGGACUGCGCCGAGUCGGAGGGCCUGUACGAGUCGAGCGCCGAGCAGCUGGCGACGGACCAGGAGGCGGUGCGGCAGCGCGCCGCCAGCCUGGCGCCCUCCACGCCCAGGACGGACUCAGCCUACACCAGGGUCAUCGGCAGCACCGAACGGCGCGCUCAGCCCGCGCAGCCCACGCAGCCCACUAGCUUCAGCUCUAGGCCGCCGUCGGGCUCAGGCGGUGGCUUCUUCUCCACCAGCGCGAGCAGCAGCUUCUACGGCUCGUACAACAACGGCGGCAAUGGUGGCGGCGGCAGCAGCAACAAUAACAACAAUAAUUUUCAGUCGACGGCGUCCUCGGUGUCCUCGGGUGAUGAACGCAGCUCCCGCACCUUCCACGGACAGACGGCGCCUGGAGGCGACGGCUUUACGUUUAACGGCAACCGCAACUUUCUGCAAAAGCAGCAACAGCAGCAGCAACAGCAACAGCAGCAGCAGAACCGCUAUGGAAGCAACGUGCAGUCCUUCGUGACGGGCCCGGGUCGCGCCUCGGCGAACGCUGGCGACUUCGGGAGCAGGAACCGCGUCGCCAACCCCACGGUGGCAUCCACUACCGGGCCCGGGAGCUUCGCGUCGACAGUGUCCACGACCGGGCCAACCUACUCGUCUUCGCCCGUGCCGCGGGGCCGCGGCGUGCAAGGCCAAUUCCGCUUCAACAAGAACCAGCAGCAGGAGCAGGACGACCAGGGCGGCCCCCGCGGAAGGGAGACUUUCGCGACGGCCGAGUCCAACGGGCCCAGGACCACGUACAGGAGCAAGGAGGAGGAGCUCAACUACCCACCUGGUGUCAACCCCUACCUCAAGGUCACGUCUACGCCGCAGUUGCAGCCGCUCAAGCAGCAGAAGCAGCAGCAGCAGCACCAGCAGCAGCACCAGCAGCAGCAGCAGCAGCACCAGCAGCAGCAGCACCAUCAGCAGCAGCAGCAUCAGCAGCAGCAGCACCAGCACCAGCAGCAGAAGCAGCAGCAGAAGCCACAGCAGCAGCAAUUGCCUCGGCCGCAGGACGAGCCGCAGCACGACCCGCUGGAGCGACAGCAGCCGGCCGAGACAGCGUCCUUCGCGACCGGCCGGGGCUCCAGCCGCUUCAGCUUCGGGCUUAACCGACCCCUCGAGACGCAGUACGUAGAGUCGCCCAGUUUCGAGUCGCGCGUCGUGUCCGAGGCGCCCAGCCAGUUCCACGCCAGCACCACCCCGCCCAACAUCUACCGCCUGCAGGCCAACAGCAAGACGUACGCCGAGAUAAAGCGGCAGCGCUCAGACGCGGUGGCCACCACGGCCGCCCCCGGCGAGCCCACGCCGUUCUACCGCAAGUACCAGAACUCCCUGCGCGCCAAGACGGCCACCCCGGCGGAGGCGACGCCACCGUCGCCUACGCCCACCUACUCCACCAAGUACGUCGAGCUGCAGCGGACGCGCUCCGUGUCUAGCACCACGCCACCCUCCUCGGCGGCGACCCCCCUGAGGCAGCAGCCGACGAGGGAGACUCCCCGAGAGCCGCCCACCACGCGAUACAUCACCCUCGCCAGGAUCAUCCCCAAGCCUGCAGUGCGGCCCGCCUCCAGCACCACGGCGCAGGCCUCGCCCGAACCGCCCACGACAGAGGCCGCCACGGCCAUCACCGCGGCCAUGGAGGAGGCCAGCACCGCGGCAGUCACGCUGCAGCACGCCUCGCUGCGCACGCUGGAGCUGUCCGCGCCGCUGCCCGAGAGCGACGACCCGGCGGCCGCCGCGGCCAGGAACGCGACGGCCGGGCCGUCGGCCUCCGGGCCGGGGUCUCUCCAGUCGCUCGCGCUCUACUUUGCCGCGCCCGACGACGAGAUCGAGACCACGGUCGCGACGGAGCCGCCAACCACUCCACUGCCCGCGCUGCUCACGGCCGAAGAGGCGCCGUUCAAGGAGUCCAUAUCCAUCUCCGACGUGCUGCUACUGCCGCACGCGAACGGCGGCAACUUCACGGACUUCACGGCCAGCGGCCAGGACGGCGAACAGCUGCCCGCCUCCCUCACCCAGCUCACCAAGGACUCGUACUCGUCACUGUUCGCAGAGACCGAGGUGCCAACCACGACCACGACCUCCACCUACGACCCUCCGACCACGCCCUACGACCUGCUGCUGGACACCAAGUCCGCCGUCAACCUCAACCCCAGCAACGACCUACGCGGCGAGCAGAGUCGCGGCAUCGUGGAGCCCGAGCGCGCCGACGCGCUGGACCUUGCCGAGCUGUCCAACAGCAUCCAAGCUGCGCGCGAGAAGGGUCUGCCCAGCAUAGCAGACAACGCGGACUUGCGCGAGUUGGCCCAGGUCUUCACGCGCGCGCUCUCCGCCUACCUCGAGGACCCGGAGACGUUCCGCAAGGUCCUCGCCGAGGUGCGUCCAACCGAGCCGCCGCCGUCCUCAACGACGGGCAGCCCCAAUGACGUCGACAUCACGACCAUCACAACGGAGGCCUCCUCGCCAUCAGCACCCGUCUCAUCAUCGUCUUCGUCCGCGCCGUCGUCAUCGUCCACAGACGCGAGCGCCACAAGCCUGGCAGAGGAAUCGUCCGUGACCAAGGAGAGCGACGAGGUGCUUGAGUACUCGGAUGUGAACAAGGGCGGCAGUAGCGGCAGCAAGCUGUUCGAGGUGACGCCAGCCGGCCCCGCGCCUUACCUGCCCAUCAUUUUUGCCACAACCACCGUCAACGAGGCCGUCCCCACGACCGUCGCGCCCCUCAGCACGACGGUUACCGCCCCGGUGCAACCACUGGGCGCGGACUUCCCCGCCAUUGACCUGGAGGCGCCGCUGCAGCGUUUGGAGUCGCUCCUGGACUCGCAGAGCCGGUACUACUCCACGCUCAAGACGGCGCCUCCCACCGUGCCCCCAGACUCGUCCAACUACACCUCAAUCGCGGCCGACGUCAACAGCCUCAUCGCCAUCCUCAGCGCGCUCAACGAGAGUUGGACGGGCCCUCCGUCAGGGCCAUCAGGGCCGUCGGCGCUGUCCGCGGACGACUACUUCCCCACGGCGGGCGGCGUGCAGGACGUCGGCUUGCCUCGGUACGGCGGCUUCCAGAACAACUCGCGCUACAGCCCCUACGGCUCGGGCGUGACCCCGCCCGGAGUCACCACCGCCGCUACAACGCUCACCGACGUCACGACACCGCCGUCGCUCACCGAGGCCACCACCGUCGGCGCGACUAACCCACCGGCGUCCAAACAGCAUGAGAUACCCAAGGAGAACCUAGAGAAGAUUGACAACGCGUUGGGCUCGUUCGUUCCAGAGGACCUGAACCAGCUGGCUGUUCUUCUGCACUCGGAGUACAACAACACGCUCAGGUCGGCGUCCCUCACGGCGCCGUCCGCGCCCUCAGCGCCCUCCGCCUCUGGCAGCAACGCCGUCGACGCCGUAGACCCCGUGCUCGUGGCGGCUGGCAGCCAGGCGUACGUGGCGAGAGACAACUCCUACGCGUCUUCCACCGCCAAGCCCAACCCCACGGUGAAGCCCACAGUCAAGCCCACGGUGAAGCCUACCGUCAAGCCAACUGCCAAGCCCACGGUCAAACCUGCGGUCAAGCCGACCGCCAAGCCCACCCCGAAGUCUAGCCCCAAGCCCGCCAACCCGGCUCGGCCAACUACUGCGAGCCCAGUCGCCACUCCCAAAUCUACCCCUAAACCAACGCUGAAACCCGUGUCCAAGUCGCUGCCCAAGCAGAGCGCCCGGCCCGCCACGACCCCAACGCCGGUGGCCGCCAGAGCCCCUCAGCAGUCCACGAGUCCCACCAAGAAGCCCAAGUACACCGGCCCUAUUUUCGUCACCCCCACACACACGCCUGCCGCGUCCUCCACUGUAGCCGUGAGGACCAGCCUGCCACCAGCCGCGCCGCCGACAACCACGACGACGACGACGACCACCACCACCACGCUGAAACCAACGCCACCUCCAACCACAACGCCGAGGCCGACGCAACCACCCACAACGACGCCGGUGCCAACCACGCAAGAGGUGCGCUUCCGGGGUGCCAAGUAUCUGACCACUCCCGAGACGCUGACGCCCAAGGCUUUGUCCACCAAGGCGCCAGUCGGCUCCGCCGUGCCCGUGACGGUGGCGCAGGCCAAGCUGCUCGCCAAGCCCACCACGGCGACUUCACCCGCGUUUGCAUCCCGUCUGCUCGAGCACUCUCUGGACACGACGCGGACGCGCUACCGCGUUAACCUGCGCUCCGGCAAAGCCACCGCCUUCGACCUCAGCAAGCCGCAGCAGCAGCAGCCCAAACGGCUGCCCUCCGAGGACACGCUCAACGCCCAUGAGCCACUCAACCCAUUGGCCAUCAACUACGAGCUUACGACGUCCCCGACGACAGUGCACGCGGUGCGGUCUACCGCGGGGCCCACAGCCUCGACGUCCACGACGACGCCGUCGGCCAUCACCACGUACCACCCGCGGCAGCAUGCAGUGCACACCCCGCCAAGCAGCAGCAUCCUGCCGCCGACGGCGGCCCCGGAGGACACUCAGAGCAGCACCUGGGUGCUCCCAGCCGGAGCCGACCCCACCUCGGGGCCGGCGCCCAGCGGUGCCGUCGUGCCCAGGAGUGGCUCCAUCACCAUGUCCGUCACCUCGAGCGUCAGCUCGUCCACUGCCAGCAGCAGCAGACCCGAGAGCGUGCCAAUGAACACCACCAUGGUGGAGGCGGCGGAGGCCAUGUUCGGCCACCUCAACGCCAGCAUGGCUGACAUGUUAAUGAGCAUGCUCAAGGAGGCCGAGACCAACGUAACGAUCCGACGGCUUGUGCUGCUACUCGUCAACAACAACAUCAACGAGCAGGCGGGUGGUGGCGGCGCCCAGGAAGUGCGGGACCAGCUCCUUGAGGCGCUUCUCAACACGAGCCAGGUUCAUACCACCACCAGCACCACAACCACCAGCACCACCACCACGGCGACGAUCCCCGAGACCACGUCACCCAGAGCCACCUCUAGCACGCCCACCCCCGCCAAGAGAAAGCACUCGCGGCUGGUGGGGAGAACGGCCUCCAGGACCAAGGCGGGCAAGUCGAGCGAGUCGUCACCUUCCGCGGCGCUAAGCUCUCGGGUGCGGGAGAGGCCGGCGGUCACGACCACCACGACCUCGACCUCGACGAGGAGGCCGCCGACAACGCUCAGCACGGCGGCGGCCACCACAUACGGUGCCUUCAUCACGGACCCCGUGUUCUCCACGGUGUUGCCUCAGUACAGCGGCAGGAAGCAGUCGAGCUCCGAGGAGCUGGCGCUCGCCUCCUCCGACAGUCGCGCCGUGGAGCUACUCAGGUCGCUGUACUCGCUGGCCGCGCAGUGGGGGUAGAGUUGCCCUGGGCCGCUCAGACAAAACUUCUAAGAUGCCAAAAAAUCUCUAAGUUGAAACCGCAA